AUGAAAUUGAUUUCUUCGAAAUAUUUUAUUACUUCUGGAAUUCUGUUUGAAAUUUUGAAAAUCUGGUAUCUGAAGCUUUUGAAAAAUGUUUUCGGAAAUUUCAGAAUUUCAGAUAUUUAA